AUGGAGCCCGCUGUGUCGCUGGCGGUGUGCGCGCUGCUCUUCCUGCUCUGGGUUCGCGUGAAAGGGCUGGAGUUCGUUCUCAUCCACCAGCGCUGGGUGUUUGUGUGCCUCUUCCUCCUACCUCUCUCGCUCAUCUUCGACAUCUACUACUACGUGCGCGCCUGGGUGGUGUUCAAGCUCAGCAGCGCGCCGCGGCUGCACGAACAGCGCGUGCGGGACAUCCAGAAGCAGGUGCGGGAAUGGAAGGAGCAGGGCAGCAAGACCUUCAUGUGCACGGGGCGGCCGGGCUGGCUCACCGUCUCACUGCGGGUUGGCAAGUACAAGAAGACACACAAAAACAUCAUGAUCAACCUGAUGGACAUUCUGGAGGUGGACACCAAGAAACAGAUUGUCCGAGUGGAGCCCUUGGUGACCAUGGGUCAGGUGACCGCCCUGCUGACCUCCAUUGGCUGGACUCUGCCUGUGUUGCCCGAGCUGGAUGACCUCACAGUGGGAGGACUGAUCAUGGGCACAGGCAUCGAGUCUUCGUCCCAUAAGUAUGGCUUGUUCCAGCACAUCUGCACUGCCUAUGAGCUGGUCUUGGCCGAUGGCAGCUUUGUACGAUGCACACCGAUGGAAAACUCAGACCUGUUCUACGCCGUGCCCUGGUCCUGCGGGACUCUGGGCUUCCUGGUGGCUGCCGAGAUCCGCAUCAUCCCUGCCCAGAAGUACAUCAAGCUGCGGUUUGAGCCAGUGCGCGGCCUGGAGGCCAUCUGUGACAAGUUCACCUAUGAGUCCCAGCGGCCGGAGAACCACUUCGUGGAAGGGCUGCUCUACUCCCUGGAGGAGGCCGUCAUCAUGACGGGGGUCAUGACGGACGAGGCAGAGCCCAGCAAGCUGAAUAGCAUUGGCAACUACUACAAGCCGUGGUUCUUCAGGCACGUGGAGAACUACCUGAAGACAAACCGAGAGGGCCUGGAAUACAUCCCCUUGAGACACUACUACCACCGCCACACGCGCAGCAUCUUCUGGGAGCUCCAGGACAUCAUCCCCUUUGGCAACAACCCCAUCUUCCGCUACCUCUUUGGUUGGAUGGUGCCUCCCAAGAUCUCCCUGCUGAAGCUGACCCAGGGCGAGACGCUGCGCAAGCUGUAUGAGCAGCACCACGUGGUUCAGGACAUGCUGGUGCCCAUGAAGUGCCUGCCGCAGGCCCUGCACACCUUCCACAACGACAUCCAUGUCUACCCCAUCUGGCUGUGCCCAUUCAUCCUGCCCAGCCAGCCGGGCCUGGUGCACCCCAAGGGGGACGAGGCUGAGCUCUAUGUCGACAUCGGUGCCUACGGGGAGCCACGUGUGAAGCAUUUUGAAGCCCGGUCCUGCAUGAGGCAGUUGGAGAAGUUUGUCCGAAGUGUGCACGGGUUCCAGAUGCUGUAUGCUGACUGCUACAUGGACCGGGAGGAGUUCUGGGAGAUGUUCGACGGCUCUCUGUACCACAGGCUGCGGAAGCAGCUAGGCUGCCAGGACGCCUUCCCUGAGGUCUACGACAAGAUCUGCAAGGCUGCCAGGCACUGA